CAUCCAUUGAUUCCAUAGAGGCGAUCUUGUCUCACUUGUGUUGAAAGACCCAUUUGGGUCUAUUCGCAUCAAGAUGAAGCUCGCUGUUAUAAUGUGGCUUGUGACAGGGGCAUUCUGUUAUGCCCCUGCUGGAAAGGAGUCCCUGCUAUCAGGGAUUUUCCUGCGUGAUUUAGUGAAUCGUUUGAAUUCCAAUAAAAUGAAUGAUAUGUCCUAUUUGGACCUUACCGAUGGGCUGUCCUUGGACGAAAGGUCCUUGACGGGGGGUUUGGAGGGGGAAAGGAUUUUCCCCCUGGAUUACGAGAGCCUUGGAGACAUCGCAAUGCACCCGAGCAUUAGAGAUCAGGAAAUGCUGCAACAUAGCUCCCUCUGGGGCAACAAAUUUGGUUCCGGAAAUGAUUUCAUCCCGUCAGACGUGGCUAAAAAUCGCCAUGAAGUUAAAACUGACACUCUUCCGGCCUACUGCAAUCCACCAAACCCCUGCCCUGUGGGAUACACAGGAGAAAAUGGUUGCCUCGAGGACUUUGAGAACACCGCUUCUUACAGUCGUCGCUAUCAGUCGUCCCAAGACUGUAUGUGUGAUACAGAGCACAUGUUCGAUUGCCCCAAUAAUACACCUAUUAUGGACGAUUCAUUGGAUCAACUGGACAACAUGGAAUUUAACAGAUUUAUCCAGCACUCCCUCACGGUAAACCCAGCAUUUGAACAUAAAAGUUUGGUAGCCAAAAAGUAUCAUGGAUUUGAAGAGAAUGCAAGGGAAAAUCCCUUUUUGACAGGAGAAAAAUUGCCAGUGGCUGCCAAGAAGGGCAACAAAGUACUAAUCUAUUAA